AUGCAGAUCACCAGAAUUGCGUUCUUCCUCUUCGCCGCAAUGGGCGUGGUUGCCAGCCCCAUUGAGGCCAAUUCGAACGGACUCGAUGCCCAGGCAUUGAGUAAAUAUGGAGGGGAAUGCAGCAAGGAACAUAACACGUGCACAUACCGAAAGGAUGGAAAGGAGCACAAAGUCAAGUGCCCUUCGGCUGAUAACUUGAAGUGCAAGACUGAUCGUCACCACUGUGAAUAUGAUGACCACCACAAGAAGGUCGAUUGCCAGACGCCGGUUUAA